CGCGGCUUCCGUCCACAGCGUGGAUUUCAAUGACGUUCUGAGUUUUCAUAAGACACUUUAGCUCUCCAGCGUGCAAACAUGUCAUUAACCUUUUUGUUCAGAACAGUUACUAGAGACGUAGCAAAGGUCAGCUUCUGCCAGCAUGUACAGUUUUUACACACAGGAUGUCAACUCCUGGCAGCAGAGAAAGCCCUGCUGAUGAAACUACGAAAAAGCACCGGCUACACUUUUAUUAACUGCAAGAAAGCUCUCGAGAAAUUUGAUAAUGACAUCGUCCACGCAGAGUCGUGGCUCCAUGAGCAGGCCCAGAAGGAGGGCUGGAACAAAGCAAACAAGCUGGAGGGUCGUAAAGCCAAAGAGGGUCUGAUCGGCCUGUUUGUAGGAGAUAAAGCUGCAGUAAUGGUGGAGGUGAACUGUGAGACAGACUUUGUUGCUCGCAAUGAGAAGUUCCAGCAGCUGGUGAAGGACGUGACGUUUGCUACCUUGGCUCACCAUGGGAAUAAAACUCAAAACCAAGCAGGAUAUGUGAAGAGUGUCCUGGUAGGUGAUGACUUAAGCAAACUCCGUGUGGGUGAAGGAGCUUCGCUAGCUGACCAGGUGGCUCUCACAAUAGGGCGCCUCGGUGAGAACAUGUCAGUGAAGCGGGCGGUAACAGUUGGGGUUCCUGCUGAGUGGCACAUCGGCUCGUACGUUCAUGGCGGUGUGAGCGGUCAGACUGAAGUGUCCAUGGGUCGUUACGGUGCCCUGGUCAUAUUUCAGGGUGGAAAGGAGGAAGAGCGGGAAACCUUAGGCCGUAAGCUGGGACAGCAUGUAGUGGGAGAGGGUCCUCUGUCUGUGGGCAACAUGGACGACCUGCCCUGUGGUGAAAGUGAGACACGCCUGCUGCCUCAGACGUUCCUGGCAGACCCCAGCAGGACGGUGGCUCAGUUCCUCAGGGGCAAACAGGCUCGAGUGCUGGACUUUGUCCGAUUUCAAUGUGGUGAAGCAGCUAGUGAAGAGGCAGAAUGAAGGAGGAGAAAUGUUUUAUCCAAUAGAAUUCAUCGUGUCUAUAUUUCAGUUAAGUACUUGUUUAUUAUCUAACAUUCAGACAGUCACACAGCAUCAUCAUGAAUUGGAAAGUGGACCUCCCAGCAAUGGUGCCUGAUGAAAUGAAAUUUCCUGUCCAACAAUAAAAUGUUUGUCCUGAAAA